GGGAAUUGUGGCAUGUGCUGGCACGUGAUGGUGGGAGACUGUGGGUGCCCCGUGAACGCCACGUCAGUUGUUUUCCCGAAUCCCGACGCAGCGCGUUAUGGCACAUUUAGCAGUAACAUAAUAACUAACAUCCACGCUCUACUUCGACUCGAUAUACCCUCUGGCGGGCUCGUCUGCUCGUUUAUUUGUUAGCAUCGGCCUAUUUCGCAAUGCUUAUAUUUUAUCUAGCUACCCUCCUGGCGCUAUUGCCCGCAAUAGUCUCUGCAGCUAUAUUUCCUCCUGACACCAAGGUAAAGAUGCUGGACCCAAAAGGUUUUCGUAGGGCUAUGAGGAGUAAUAGGACGAGCGUAGUGGCGUUUGUUGCCCCGUGGUGCGGGCACUGCCAACGGAUGGUUCCCGAGUACAGCAAGGCUGCCGAGAACUUGAGCCCACUCAUCCCAUUUUAUGCAGUAGAUUGUGAUGCCGAGAUGAACAAGCGUUUGUGCGGAGAACAGGGUGUCCAAGGGUUUCCAACACUCAAAGUCUUCCCUCGUGGAAGCCAAGCUCCACCUGAGUCGUAUGACUCCGGCGAACGUACUUCUGGCAAGUUCAUCCGCUGGGCAUCGCGCUCCGUGCCCAACAAUGUACAAUCCCUCCCGCACAUCCACAGCAUCCCAGCGUGGUUGGACAAGACAAGCGACCUCCCACGUGUCAUUCUCUUGAAUAAGGACAAGAAGUUUCCGCUGCUCUGGCAGGUCUUUGCGAAUAAUUACAGGAAGAAGAUGGCGUUUGGCCAUCAUACAGAUCCAGAUGGCGCGUUUGCGGCAUCGUUGGGGUUCCCAGCGACUGUCGAGGGAAAGACGUCAAAGGUCAUUGUGUAUCCACCAGGGUCCAGCGUUGCGGUCUUGUAUGAAGGGAUGACAAAGUAUGACCCGUUGACAAAGUUCUUUAGGUCCAUAUUGGAUGGGUCAGCAGACUUCCUCCAAACAUCAUCGGAGCAAUCUGUCAGGGAUGAACUGUAAUUAACUUGGAUCAACUGAAAAGUGAUUGACAUCUUCUACUCCAACGUGUUUGAAGUCACCCGCGGACAUGUCACCAAUCUCACACGGUGCUCGCCAAGGGUCGGCAUUCUCGUACUUUGGUCAGUUUUUUGAUGGGAGGGGAAGCCAUAUAUCGCGUGCUCA